CGUCUCCUGUAGAUGGCAGUAAAGCUUCACACUCAAUGGGCAGCGGGGGGCAGCAGAGGACACACCAGAGACCCUUCUUCUAUGUCCAGCCUCCAUCUCAGCCUUACUACAUGUACCAACACUGGCAAAUGAACAACCCCUACGGCCAAUAUGCUCUGCCAGGAGGUUUUAAUUUUGGUCGGCCCUGCCUUAACCCAUACCAGUACAUGCAGUAUCCAGGCUUUGUUUUCCCCCAUGCACCUCUUUACCCCAUGGACUACCGCCGUGUGUUUGAGCCCCGUUUCCCCUCUCCUCACUGGGAUAACUCUGCUCGAUACCAGCCUCCUCCACAACCUCCACAGCCACCAGGACAUCGAGAAACUGCCAGCUCUGAAGUGCAAACUGACCCAAGCGAUGCCAUCACCAAACUCAUAGAAUGUUUAGAUAAAAUGCAAGCUAGCAAUAGCCAAGGGACAGACCGGGAGCUAGAUUCAGGCAUAGCAUCGCACUCGUCCGCCAUGUUUUCACCUACAGAGGAGAAGAAGGCGCAACAACAAAGUCAUGAUUUAAACAAGAAUGAAAGUUGUUUGGAGACCCCAACUUCAACUUUUUCAACAACAGCUGUUUAUGACGGCGAUUCAAGCCACCGGAGUCUAGAAGUGUUGAGCCCACGAGAAUGUUGGGCAGGCGAUGUGGAGGAGGAACUGCCUCUUGAUAGCUCAUCUGUGCAAGAAGAAAGCAACGGCAAAGUGGAAGAACAAGUUGUGCCAAUCGAAAGUGCACAAGAGGUCGUGAGUAUUCAACCAGAUACUGCUGCGACUGAGCAAAAUGUCCCUACAUGCGAAGAGCUGCGAGAACCUAAACACAAUGAAGCUAAUCUGGAGGAAAAAAUUGUCCAAGAUCUCCAAGUUGAUCCAAGUUUCCAGAUCCUAAAAUUGCCGUUUGAAUUGGCCUCAGAAGCGAAAGGAAUGAACCGUCUGGCUCAAUCUCCAUAUUACUACAACUACCUGUCGAUGCAGUCCACACACGAGCGAAUGAGCGUUCUGAGCCCCUCUCUAGAUGAGCUAUCCUCCAGAGAUGAGAUGUUUUCUACAGACCUGGAGGAGGUGGAGCUGGUCCAGAGGCCGGUGUUGGCGGGGGGCAGGAGGCUGGCGGAGGUGGUAUGUGGAGGUGGAGACGAAGUAGAUGAGAUUUGGGCAUUUGGGUCGAAGCGGUUUGUGUGCGCUUGCUGCGGGAAGAGUCUGCCCAGAGGAGCAGCAAACAGGAGCAAAGUCCACUGCACCAAGAUGUACCUUGACGAGGGGGAGUCAGAGGAAGACGGCAGGUACAUGCGAGGAUGUGAGCAGCCCAUUCGAGUGGUGGUCCGAAAACACACAGUACCCAGGAAAAGCCAGCCCCUCCCCCCGAGACUCACAAAGUCCUGGUCCAGACGAGGACCAACCAGAGACCAGGCUGAACUGGACCAGAGCCAAGAGAGGAGAGACACCCAAGAGGAGGAGAGUACAGAGGGAAAGGAGCACCACCGGGUCAGCCAAGACCUGCCCCAGAGGAGGCUGGUGUACCACAGGCCCAGAGAUGACGAGGACGAGCCGCCGCCGCUGCACUGGGACCGAGGCUCUGCCAUGAGGGACCCUCCGUGUUGACGUUCUGAACAGAUGUGAAACUGAAACUGACCCCCAAAGGCUGUUUUGAAGAUGUGGUUAUAUUUGGAGCACGUGGUGAAGCGCACAGCACACAAGGAGAAUUUGGGUUUAAACAUAAAUAAAUCUAAAAUAUAGAUUUCUGCAGAGACACUGCCUGAGCACGAUUUACAUGGAAUCACAGAGAAGGAGAGAGCCAUGGGGCCAGUCAAUGAAACAUGUAUUUAAUAUUUGGUUUGUGUCUGAUUAUUCUUCCAUGUUUAUUAAAUAAACAGUAUUAUGGAGCUCUGGC